AUGAUUGAAAAUGACCUUUUAAAUGAUAUUGAGAAUGGAAAAGCCAAUGUGCUAAUCAUAUUUGAUAGCUUUGAUGAAAUACAGCAGACAUUUCAUGAUCAGAAGAUUGAACAAAUUAUUGAUAGAAUAUUAGAAAAAUCUUAUCUGAAAGAAGCCAAGGUUAUUGUUACUUGUCGAUCUUCUGCAGAUGAAUGUGAGCUAUCAGACUGGGCAGACUGUACAAUGAAAGUGCAAGGAUUUAGUGAAAAAUCCAUUUCUGAAUAUUUCAAGACUACACUUGAAGGGCAAUCAGUGCUUGAGGAAAUUAUGGAAAUCUACAAGAAAAACAUCAAUGUCUUCAGUCUCUGUCAUGUCCCACAGUAUGCAUUCGUAGUUGUAUGCUGCAUGUUCAAUAAAGACUGCAUAGGAUUACAACAGAAAAUCUCCUCCAUGAUGCCUCCAAGCACUGUGACCAAGCUCUAUGUGCACAUAUUCCGCUACUGUGUUGUCAACAAAGGGUGUGUGCAGGUUUUGGAGGCCAUCAAUUCUGAGUUCUGUCUGAAGGAUGAGGACAUUGAUCCAUACCAGAGCCAUGCAGUGAUCUAUGUAGUGAAUGAAGCAUUCAAAGAAAAGUAUUCAGAUUUAGAAAUUACUGACUUUGGUCUCCUCAACCUUGGCUACAAACUGCUUUUUGAAUGUACAGAAAGUUCCAGAGCAUUUGGGAAGAAGAAAUCAAUUUGCAUUCAUUGUCUAUCGAAAUAUAAAGAUCUAAAUGAAUUUUUGAAAAUCAUGAAUUUUCGACUCUUUGUAUCUUUACACUGGCAUAGUGAGACUUUGAGAACACUGGGGCACUUGAUCAAACACUCGAAAAGAAGGUUCAUAUCAUACUGGAUUCAGCAUUUGGUCAUGACUCACACAAAACAUUCAUCCUUAUCAUGUCAGAAAGCUUGGAAAAGUUGGCUUCCAUACGUUUUUCUACAGGAUUUGAUGAAAAAAACGUGCAUAAUCAUGAUGGAGGUGUGUCAAAAGUAUGAUGAAAUUACAGGAGACAACAGUCUGUAUAAGGUCAUUGCACUCUUUGAACCCUUUCCAAUAAACAUGGAUUUUAAAGAUAGUUCAUGGAUUAAUCAAGUGGACUUCAGUUUCCUAUGGAAAUAUCUUAAUGUGGACACUUGUCCAUCUCUAGAUCGAUUCAUCAUUGGCACUCUCCUCAACAGUUCAAAGGAUGGCCUUGGCUGUUACAAGUACAUCUGCCAAUAUGUACAGCAGAGCAGAAAUGUGACACUAUCAGAUAAACAAGUCUUUGUAUCCUGUAGAUGGAAUAAGGAGAUACUGAAGAAAAUGAUUAACUUAGCACAGUGCUUUUUAGCUAAGGCUGACAUAAUACUCGACUCCAUAUUUAACAAAGUGCAUGAUUUUAUCUGCUGUGUAUCAUGCUGCUUAGAUAAGAUAUCCUCCAUACGUUUUCCAGAUGGCUGGAAUGAUACUACAUUUCAAAAGCUGUGUAUGUUAUUAUACACAUAUGAAGAACUGAAAGACGACAACAGCCUUCCACAAUUCAUCUCUUUAUUUGCACCCUUUUCAAACAAUGUGCCCUUGGCAGAGUUAGACAAGACUGAUGUAAUUGAUUUCAGUUUUUAAGGCGAUAUCUCCAGGAAGAGGUCAUAGCUCCAGAGUACAAAGAGGUUUUACAAAGUCUUCAUCAAUUCAUAAUCAGCACUCUUCAGGAGGCAGCAAGAAAGAACAAGAAAAAUCACAUUAACGUUUGGAAGUACAUUCUGGACUGUGGAAGCCAGAAAGAUUUCAAUGAAUUGCUCAGAAAAAUGAAGUUCACAUAUAUCUAAACUGGACAAUGGAAUCGCUGAACAGAAUGAGCAGCUUUAUAAAACAGUCUUCAAGAAAACCUGAUAUGAUACUGAACUAUGAUAACUGGUACUCAGAUGAAACAUUUGUCCACUUCUUGUUAAACUGCCUGGAUUGGAUAUUUUCAAUACGUUUUCUUGAUGGUUUCAAUGAAGACACAUUUUGGGUGUUGUGUUAUUUAUUUAAGCAAUAUGAAGAAAUAAAAGGAGACGGCAGCCUUCCACACCUCAUUUCUUUAUUUGCACCCUUUCCAAACAAGGUGCCCUUGACAAAUGAGAGGAUUAAUGAAAUUGACUUCAGUAUCUUCAGUUUUCUUCAGCAAUAUCGUCAGGAGAAAGUCACACUUCCACUGCACAAGGAGGCUUUACAAAAUUUCAGCAAUUCAUAUUCAGUAGUAUAUGGGAGGCAGGAAGAAAGGACUGGAUAAGCUACACUUGGCAUUAUAGAUGUAUAGUGGACUGUAGAAACCAGGAGGACUUCAUUGAAUCUUUGAGGCUCAGUAAAAUGAAUUCCACGUAGACCCAAUCUGGACAGAGGAGACACUAAACAGAAUGAGCGGCUUUAUAAAAAGUUUCUCAAAUAAAGUUAACAUCAUACUGGACUACAAUGACAUAAUUGAAAGUUUUGUUCAGUUCUUGUCAGACUGUCUGGACUGGAUAUUUUCAAUACGUUUUCUAGAUGGUUUCAAUGAAGAAACAUUUUGGGCCACAUGUUGUUUAUUUAAGCAGUAUGAAGAAAUGAAAGGAGACAACAACCUUCUACACCUUAUCUCUUCAUUUGCAUCUUUUCCAAACAUGGUGCCUUGACAAACAUCAAGAGGAUUUAUGAAAGUGACUUCAGUUUUCUUACGAUAUC